GGAAAGAAGGGCAGAAGAGGGCGGGGGCUCAAAGGGACAAGAGAACCCUGCCAGGUAGAGGAAACGGCAGAGCCAAAAGAAGGCGGACUGGGACAGUGAGUCAGAGAGGCUAACGCAUUCAACAGAAAUGGUUAGAUGCUUGGAAAUCGAAGAAAGCCCGGACAGAAUAAGAAUGACAGAAAAGCCAAGCUCUCUUUCUAUCCCCAAGCUCAAUGGUGGCUCUAAAAUGGACAGUUAUCCCUACGAAGACAACCUGAGUGACAGUGGAGUAUCUGCAGACUUCUCUACAAGCAGCACUUUUGACAACCUCACCAUCAAGACCAACGAGACACCUAUCGAGCAGGAGAUCCGGCGGGCUGUACAACGAGAGCAGAGCCUACGAAAAUCUAGGGGGAUCAAACAUGUUCCGCCAACCACAGAGUAUGUGGAGAUCCCUCUGAAGAAGCCUGUUUUGUACUCCGGCCUUCCUGUGAAGACAGAGCAGAACCAGGGCAAAGACAGACAGAUUGCCGGUAAGAAGAUGCAGAAGGAGAUCCACGCGGAGGUGCAGAGGGAACAGGCUCUGGUCAGGCUCGGGACCGUCCCGGGCGUCUACGACAAAGGCACGGUGCGGCAGCUCAAAGAGAGGAAGCAGCUCUUUGAAGCCUUCCAGGAACCCAGGGACUCGUCCGGAAAUCUCACCCCGAGGACGAGUGCACCAUCCUGGGCUUCCACCAACGACCUUUCCCCCGGGGAGAACCAGGAGAAGGCCUCGACAGCAGCCUCCCCUGCGGGUGGCUUGUCAUCAGGGAGGGGACGGAGCAUGGACCUGCUGAAUCAGAAGCAGCAGCAGCAAAAAAGUCCCACAUCCUCCCCCUGGAACAAGCCCGGGGGUUCCACCUCCUCCACAUCUCCCAAGGGGCCGGGGUUAUCCGAGGGGAACGGUUACCAGGUGAUCAUCCUGGAGAGUAACCUCCCCUCCCUUAGCCUGUACCCCCCGCAGCCACUGCAGCAGAAUCAGAGAGCAGCCCCCCUCAUGCAGAAACAAGCGGUCAAUGGGAUCAGCUCGGGGACAUCCAGCGCUUCUGCGUCCCUUGGGAGGGAAGAUGGCCUGGGGAGAACAGAGGGAGAGGAGGAGGAGGAGGAAGAAGAGGAGCCCCAUCUCAAGGAGAACCCUUUUUUUAAACUGAGACCCUCCUUAGCGGUGGACAAAGUGGAGCAGGAUAUCCGGGAGGCUCAGCAGCGGGAGAGAGAGCUCCGCAGGCAGAGAACCAGCCUGUACGGGGCCGCGAGGGCCAGGGGCGAGGAAAAGGCCAGUGGAGGGGGAUUGGUUAAUGGUGGGGGAGAACAGCCAUCCCCGUGCUGUGUUACGUCUCCUUCAGUCAACCCACUGGCUCCUCGUUCCGAGCUGUUCUCCCUGAGGCCCAGGCUGGCUGGGGCCCCAUCAGCGCGCCAGUCUCUUGGUAGACUGGGCCUGUGGCCCCCCCCAUCUCAGGAUGAAGAGAAGAACGAUAUCCAGCUGGAGAGUCCCAGGGCUGCCAGACAGAAGACACCUCUGCUGCAGCACUGGGAGACAGGACUGGUCAACAUGGGACACAAUGACGAAGACCAGUAGGAGGAAAAACUGAGAGAGUGGGAGAGAGAGUGGGAGAGGCAGAAAGAAAAGGGGGAGACAGAGGGAGAGAUAGAGAGGGAGAGAGAACGAGAAAGAGAGGGAGAGGAAGAGGGGGGAAGAGAGACAGAAGUGAUGGAGAUAGACAGGAAGGGGUUGGUUUCAAAGCCCUUACCAACAAGAAUGAAGAACAAAAAGUGUUGUUUAUGUUGCUCAAACAUCAACCUGCCAGGGUUUAGUUUUUUAACUAAAUCUGGUGCAUUUAUAUGUCCGAUGUAAUGGCCAUGUUGAUUAAUUCACACUGUCCCUUUUAAAUAAAUAAAAUGAUAGGAAUAUAACUUGAUUGAGGUUUGACUUAAGGAAAUGUGAUCCAAAAGGAUGGAGAAAGAAGGGAAUGGUGGGAAGAAAUCGGAGAGCCCUAGUGUAUGGCGCUUCACACAUAAGUCACUUUGUAUAGAUAGAUAGAUAGAUAGACAGACAGACAGACAGACAGACAGACAGACAGACAGACAGACAGACAGACAG